AUGAACAAUAUCUGGGAACAUGCCUUCCUUUUAAAGCAACAGCCAAGUGGGAAGGUUUGUGUUGAACAGAUGCAAUCAAAUUCAAUCAUAGAGCUUGGCCUCAACGAUUUAAUUUUCCAGAUAUUCAUCAAUAAUCAAGCAAUGUACCAUAUUGACAGGAUUUUUGCUAUAACUUCAGACCCUUACGUUUUACAUGUUUGGAAUUUCCACUUCCACAACGAAAAUUACGCUAUUGUAAUUUCGACACUUACGUCAUUUCAUUCACUCUUUAUCAAUUUGCUGAAGAAUAUGCAAGACUACUUUGGAAAUGUUGACAAAAAUCAAGAUGCUACAUGUCGCUUUAACAUAAUUAUGUCAUUUAUUUCAUCUUGGCUUAUUAACGAGAACAAUCAAGUAUCUGCUCUCGGCAUCAAUGGUCCUGGCAUAUAUUCAGCAUCAGACAUUGGAUUUUCUUCAUUUGAGCCAUCUUUAUACUUUAAUAGUAAGACUGAUUACGUCUCCUUAUGGAAAUCAGUAAUUCUUAACAAUCGAAUUCUAAUUAUCUCAGAAAAUGUCGAGGACAUUGCCCCGGCGGUCUUUUCUGUCAUUGGCCUGUCUUCACCGUUUGAAUACAAAGGGAAAUAUCUAAUCACAACAAACCAAUACGAUAAACGUAUAUCAAAUAACAGAUUGAACUACUCUAUUGUUGGUGUAGUUGGCAAAAACAUCAAAACUGCCGAAUUUCAGAAAUAUUUUAGUAAUAUAAUCAAAGUAGAACCAAACUCUGGAAAACUUAACGAUACAAUCAUAGUUCAUAAAAAGAUGAAGCUUUUAUAUGAUGAAAUUUGCGUUAUAUCAGAUAGAAACCUCGAAAAUGAUCCAUAUUAUGAAUUAUUGAACAAAAGGAUCAUAACUCCAGAUUUGGAUGCAAUCAUAUGCGAUAAAAUGAAACAGAAAACUCUUACUGUACCAGAGCUAAUGACUCUUGAGACAACAGAAACCUUCCAAUAUUGGCUACAUCAAAGAAUUUACCGUAGCAACCUUAGGAAUUCAUUUUUAAGCGUUAUUCCAAGCGAAACAGUUAAUUCAUUAUCAGAUGAUGACUUGGAUAAGGCUUAUGGCCAUAUAAUAGCUCUCAGAAAACUUUUUCAGAAUGAUUUCCAUUUUCAACAUGUUUUGAGGAAACACAAAACACUCAUUGCUAGAAGAAUAGGUAUGAAUAAUGUCCACUCAUACUCUUCUGACUCAAGCUUAAGCUCUUCAUUAUAA